UUAAAGCUCCAACAUGAUCUUGCUCCUCUUCUUGUUCGGUCUGGCUCUGGGUGCUCCUUCUGAGUCUCCUUCUGAUGAUGACCACAGAGUUAAACUACUACAUGGGAACUGUUCCAUGUUCUGGUACAGCUUCAAUGGCCGCUGCUACAAAUAUGUGGCCACACACAUGAGCUGGGCUGAUGCAGAGCUCUACUGUGUGUCACAGCGAGCCAACCUGGUGUCUAUCCACAAUGAGGAGGAAGAGGAGUUUGUUAAAUCAUUAAUUAAGAACUUUGAUCAUGCUGAGCGAUACACCUGGAUUGGACUGAGUGACAUCCAUAAAGAAGGCAGAUGGAUGUGGUCUGAUGGUUGUGCAGUGAAUUUCACCCACUGGAAUGUUGGUGAGCCAAACAAUGGUGGAACAAAUGAACACUGUGUUCACAAUAUCGGUUACUUAAAGAAGUGGAAUGAUCAGAAAUGUUCUCUCAAUUUACCUUCUGUUUGUGCAACACGGAUAAACUGCCCUUAG